AUGUUCGUGGCAUUCGUCGUGCACUGUUGCUUCCAGCCUCCAGCGGUUGUCACAGCACCCCACAUCACUCGGGAUCCCCACCUCGGCAGGGCCACGUCCGCGCUCGGCGCACACGUCGCGCGAGCACGAGCACGGCGCGCCGAGGACCAGACCGCCGCACCCGCGCCUGCCUCCGACGAACAGAAGACGGGGGCGCCAGCUCGAAGAGCUUGUGCCUGCACUGCCGUUCGCUCGCCGCUGGGGGGAGGGGGCAAUCUCAAGGCAGUUCGUGUCGCCAUGCUGGAUCUGGUGUUAAGCCUGAUGCAUGCUGGUUCUGAGGUUCCAUAUGGUAGCUGCUCUCGUGCUCUGGAGUACUAG